AGGUGCCGGAUGCGGCGGGCGGCGGUGGUGGGAGCCGGGUGGCCAUGAGCUACGAGCACCGCCGGGACUGGGGUCGGGGCCGCGGCGGCGAUGGCGGGUCCGCCGCCGCCUCCUCCUCCGCGGGGGGACAGGGCGGCCGCGGCGGCCGGGGGCGCCACCCCAGCCACCUGAAGGGCCGCGAGAUCGGGCUGUGGUACGCGCGGAAGCAGGGCCAGAAGAGCAAGGAGACGGACCGGCAGCAGAGAGCUGUAGUGCGUAUGGAUGAACGCAGGGAAGAGCAAAUUGUACAGCUGUUGAAUACUGUCCAAACUAAAAAUGAAAAGGAGCAAGAAGCCAUGUCCUGGUGGUCUGGGGAUGAAGAAGGACCUACUCCAGAACAGCCUGCAAAAGUGAAACCAGAAGCUGAAAAAGCUCCUGUAAGACAGAGACCAGUCUUAGAAAAAACAUUUCUUGAUCGGGAUGUGGAAUAUCUCUUUGAAAAAAAUGAGCAGGAUACUGAUUUAGAUGAGCAACUUAAAGAAGACUUAAGAAAGAAGAAAUCUGAUCCUAGAUAUAUUGAAAUGCAGAGAUUCCGAGAGAAACUCCCUUCAUAUGGGAUGAGACAGGAACUUGUAAACCUUAUAAACAAUAAUCGAGUAACUGUGAUAAGUGGUGAAACUGGUUGUGGAAAGACAACCCAAGUUACGCAGUUCAUCUUGGAUGAUUACAUAGAGCGAGGGAAAGGGUCUAUGUGCAGGAUUGUUUGUACUCAGCCUAGGAGGAUCAGUGCCAUCUCGGUGGCUGAGAGAGUUGCUGCUGAAAGGGCAGAAGCAUGUGGUAAUGGCAAGAGUACAGGCUACCAAAUUCGUCUACAGAGUCGGUUACCAAGGAAACAAGGGUCAAUUUUAUACUGUACCACAGGAAUUGUCCUACAGUGGCUCCAGUCAGAUAAGCACUUGUCCAGUAUUAGUCAUGUAGUCCUUGAUGAAAUUCAUGAAAGAAAUCUUCAGUCAGAUGUUUUAAUGAGCAUUAUUAAAGAUCUUUUGAAUAUUCGUUUGGAUCUGAAAGUAAUACUAAUGAGUGCUACUUUAAAUGCAGAGAAGUUUUCGGAGUAUUUUGAUAAUUGCCCAAUGAUUCACAUACCUGGGUUCACUUUCCCUGUGGUGGAAUAUCUUCUUGAAGAUGUAAUUGAGAAGUUGAGGUAUACUCCAGAGAACACAGACCGUCGGCCACGGUGGAAGAAAGGCUUUAUGCAAGGACAUGUAAGCAGACCAGAAAAAGAAGAAAAAGAGGAAAUCUACAGGGAGCGAUGGCCAGACUACUUAAGGCAGCUGCGGGGCAGGUAUUCAGCAAGUACUAUAGAUGCCUUGGAAAUGAUGGAUGAUGACAAGGUCGACCUUGACCUUAUAGCAGCACUUAUCAGACACAUCGUUUUGGAAGAAGAGGAUGGUGCAAUUCUAGUGUUUCUUCCAGGCUGGGACAACAUUAGCACUUUGCAUGAUCUCUUGAUGUCACAAGUCAUGUUUAAGUCAGAUAGGUUUAUUAUCAUACCUUUACAUUCAUUGAUGCCUACUGUUAACCAGACUCAGGUUUUUAAGAAGACCCCGCCAGGAGUAAGGAAGAUUGUGAUUGCUACCAACAUUGCUGAGACUAGCAUUACAAUAGAUGACGUCGUGUUUGUUAUAGAUGGUGGAAAAAUAAAGGAAACUCAUUUUGACACACAGAACAACAUUAGCACAAUGGCGGCAGAGUGGGUUAGUAAAGCUAAUGCCAAGCAGAGGAAAGGUCGAGCAGGAAGAGUUCAGCCAGGCCACUGUUAUCAUCUAUAUAAUGGACUACGUGCUAGCCUUCUAGAUGAUUAUCAGUUACCAGAGAUCUUGAGGACACCUUUGGAAGAACUCUGUUUACAAAUCAAGAUUCUAAAGCUUGGUGGAAUUGCUUAUUUUCUGAGUAAACUAAUGGACCCACCAUCUCGUGAUGCUGUAAUGUUGGCCAUAAAUCAUCUAAUGGAGCUGAACGCUUUGGACAGACAAGAAGAACUGACUCCACUAGGUGUCCAUUUAGCUCGAUUACCAGUUGAACCACAUAUUGGAAAAAUGAUCCUCUUUGGAGCUUUAUUCUGCUGCUUGGAUCCAGUACUUACAAUUGCAGCUAGCCUCAGCUUCAAGGACCCUUUUGUCAUUCCCCUGGGCAAAGAGAAAGUUGCAGAUGCAAGAAGAAAGGAACUGUCAAAGAACACUAAAAGUGAUCAUCUAACCGUGGUGAAUGCUUUCACGGGCUGGGAAGAGACUCGGCGUCGUGGUUUCAGAACUGAGAAAGACUAUUGCUGGGAAUAUUUCCUGUCUUCAAAUACACUCCAGAUGCUGCAUAACAUGAAGGGACAGUUUGCUGAGCAUCUCCUUGCAGCUGGAUUUGUGAAUAGCAGAGACCCCAAGGAUCCCAAAUCUAAUAUCAACUCAGAUAAUGAAAAGCUGCUCAAAGCGGUCAUCUGUGCUGGUUUAUAUCCAAAAGUUGCAAAGAUCCGGCCAAGCUUCAGCAAAAAGAGAAAAAUGGUGAAAGUUUGCACCAAGACAGAUGGAACAGUUAAUAUUCAUCCUAAAUCGGUUAAUGUGGAAGAAACAGAGUUCCAUUAUAACUGGCUGGUGUACCAUUUGAAGAUGAGAACUAGCAGUAUCUACUUGUAUGAUUGUACAGAGGUCUCUCCAUACUGUCUCUUGUUCUUUGGAGGAGAUAUAUCCAUUCAGAAGGAUAAGGAUCAGGAUACCAUCGCUGUGGAUGAAUGGAUUGUUUUCCAGUCUCCAGCGAGAAUAGCUCACUUAGUUAAGAAUUUAAGACAAGAGCUCGAUGAUCUUCUACAAGAAAAAAUAGAAAAUCCACAUCCCGUGGACUGGAAUGCUAUUAAAUCCAGGGAUACAGCAGUACUGACAGCUAUUAUAGACUUAAUCACAACACAGGAGAAUGAAAGUGCCAGAAACUAUGCUCCACGAUUCCAGAGUGAACGCUAUAGUUGACACACUUUCAUCUGUAUUGAUAAAGCCAACAUACUCCCCUUUUGGUUUUGUUUUGUAUAGCAUUUAUUUAGCUAGAGGAAGAACUUUUUUUAGGGUAAGCUGGUAAUUCCCUCAUGCUGAAGAGCAGUUAUUUCAACAUAGUUGGUAAUAUCUGUAUAUGCAUGGUAUUCUGUGUUCAGUGUUAGCUUUUUAAAUAAGAAAAAUGCAAUGCUAGCAAUGUUAGUUGAUGUAUGGUUUUUGUCCUGCUGUAGCUUUUUUUUUAAACACCUAUCAGGUAACAGAUAUUCAAAAAACCUGCUAAAAUACUGCUUAAUAAUACUUAAACUGUUCUUGCUAUUGGUAGAAACAUCUCAAAAUAUUUUUUUUAUUGGGGGUGGUGAGUAAUUAUACUUACUGUGUCAUUCCAGCUGUGCAGCAGUCUCCUCACCAACACUUCCACAGAAUGUAACUAGCUUAAUUAAACUAAACUUGAAAAACACUUGUUAAAUUUGUACUAUGGGAGGAAACAAUCUUCAGAAAUAUUCUCCUGCCUUUCAUCCCAUUCAGUUAAUCUUUAGUAACUUUCUGUGCCUAUCCAUCAUCACUACCGACUAAAAGUUCAGACUACAGGAAACAUGGUUAAAUAAAAGCCAUGUUGGAAUACUUGUCUUCAAGGUUUCAUUGCAUUCUAAUUUUUCUUUUUUAAAACAGUCCAUGUAUGGAUUAUAGUAUUACAUUAAAAGCUUUUUUUCUUUAAAGUGCUAUUUCAUCUGUGCUUAGUUCAAAAUGUUUUGAAUGUCAUUCUGUUUUGAAUGCUUCCAACUCUGUAAGAACAUUUGAAUAACAAGGCUUGUUUAGGAUUUCGAGCAUGGCGACUUGUUUGAGAAACACUGUUCUGAUCAAACUUGUGUAAGGGUGGCAGACCUGCAGUUUCCUUUAAACCCUGGGGGCUGGAUUUGGGGUUGGGCAGUGUUCCCCCACUGCUGUGGGCAGGCUAAGACUGAGGCUGCGUGCUUCUAGGCUCUGAAAAGUGCCAGCAGUGUAUUUGGCAGCCCUCUGGUACCUGCACUUUGCAGCCAUAGCUGUGGUUAUUUCUAGACUUAGCCUUGAGGAGGAAAAGCUCGUGUCUUGUUGUUGUUGUUGCCUGGAAAUGUAAUCCCUCUCCUUUCUUGAGGUUUGUUUUUGUUUCUUGUGCUUUGCAAAAAUGACCUUGACCACCACCCUCGGGAGGAUUUUUAAGCCUCAUCGUGAAGAAAACAGAACUGGUCAGAUGAAACUUAUUUCUGUAUGAAAAAGUCUAACUUAGUGACUAGACCGUGCUUUCCUUUGGGUUAACAAGGAGGGGAGGAUGCCAAGCUCAUUAUUUCUACAACACAGGUGCAAAAAAAGCGUACGGUUCGACCUCUCCCUCCCCCCAAUCACUUUAUUCUUUCACACCCAGCUGCUAACACUGGUGCUGCAAUCAGUGAGGGAGGAGGAGGAGGAACACCGCGCCCUGGCCUGGCGGUGGGGGAAGCAGGAGGCAGUUUAAAGGGAAAAUCAAAGCCCCGGAGCCGGCUGUGCUUGUGUGUGGAAGGGCGGUGCUGUGAGGGCCGCGGGACCCGCCAGGAGCUCGGGGCGCAGGUAUGGGCGGGAAGCGGCCGGUGGCUCCGCCUAAGGGCGGCGGGGGAGCGGUGAGGGGCCUCGCGCGGGCUGCGCCGCACGGCUGAGGGGGCCGGAGCCCAGGGCGCCGCGGCACCGCUGAAGCUUUUCGCAUUACUUCUUUAUCAGUCUACUUAUAAAUUAAUUUACAAGGCUGUAUAACCACAUCAGACUGUCAAGAAAUCCUUUCACCACUGCAGCACUAGAGGGAGAAAAAGCCUGAGCUGCCCGAGUGGGUAACAGGUUGUAUUAGAGACCACCACCACUGGAGGCACUUCCCUGGACUCUUCUCUGGAGCUUUCUCUGGAGCUUUUGUCAGCUUUGCCAGUAUUGCUAAUUACUACUUACAAAGCCUGGGACGUCCCUGGAUUUGUGCUGGGGAGGUAGUCCUUUAUGAAUUAUAGGGUUGGUUAGUGUAGUUCAGGUGACAUGCAGCUUUUGACACAACUGGGAAGUAUUCCAUUAACAUUCUCGGAAGCAGAGUAUGUAACACUGCAGUUUCUUAGGAGCAGAAAACCCCCAAUAUUGCUACUCACCUCCAGCUCAAUGGAUUGGGUGAGUUGCUGGUUUUCAGUCUUCUAGGCAGACUGCAUCUGCUUCUGAAAGAAAGUCAAAAAUGCUCAAAAACAGAUGGAGAAAGAAUACAUGAAGAGGCAGGGAUGGAGGAACUGAAGAUGAAACUGAAAUGUGAGUCAGAGAUGCACAGCAGCUCUCCAGUGCCUAAGAAACAACUUUGAGUUGAAAUUUGCCACUGGUCAAGCCCAGGUUUCAGUUCAGAGCUUUCAAAACACAAAACAAAAAGGGAUGAGUAUCUAAAACAUCAGUGCUGUUACUAGAUUUUUUUGCAUUGGUGACCCACAUCUUCAUGUCAGAGCUGUAGGGCAUGCAACCGUACCCCCACUGACAGCAGUUAGUGCAAAUCCUGUAGUAUAGUAUGGUGAAGCAAAAACACUCUACACGUUGGUUUCAAGUCCAAGUAAACGUCCCAUCCGUUCCAUGUUCUUGUCAAUCGUGGCACGACAUGUGAUUUCUUUAGCACACUCCGUGGGAAACCAACCUCUUUCACCAUCCCGCAGUCGUUCCCCUUCAUACCAACCUGCAAAAGGGUCAACAGACAAGGAGUAACAAACCUUUUCAAGUAAUGUUAAAGAUACUUUGUCAGAACUGGAAGUGUUGCACUUGACACAGUUCCCACAUACAUUAUAUGUUUGCCUUUGUAGUGAAUAAAGUACCAGAUUAAGA